GUCCAACCCCGCCCAACCCGAAGGAUCGCUACGCAAAUUAUUAGCUUAGGCGCACGGUGUUACCGCUUCUACGUUCAUGCCCGGCUAGUACUCUCCGCACCUUGGACCGGUUGAGGGCGCCAAGGGUACCGGUAGACACAAUGGCUGGGAUUAUGAAAUUCUUUAGGCCUACGGGUGAUGGCUCUGUUAACAGCUCUAAAAAAUCAGAGCGCCCGGCAACAACUCGUGAACCGCUUUGCCAACUUGGCAACACCGAUGCCUUGAAGCGCGCUGCCUACCAGCCGACAGAUGACGCGGACUCCGACGUGGUGCUAGUCUGCGAGGAUGUCGCAGCCGGUUCAAAGCGAAAGCGCGAAGACAACGGAGUCUCGAAGGCUUUGUUCCAGUCCUGCGACCAGCGCAUGGAACCAAAUCACAGCUCGGAAGCAAUCCCCUCAGCCCAGCAGCAGCAACAACAUGAACACAUGGCUACCGACCAAGGCGAUGAGGUCGCGCAGACGUAUGGCGCUGUUGAGACCAGCGACGGCCGAGUAGCUGCGGAGCCUCUAUCAGGCCCUACGACCAACCCCAAGCCCGGCAUAAGCGCCGUCAUAGCCUCCGAGGCCGCCAACGAGGCAGCCUCUGGCUCCCUGGCAGCAGCCCAACAGGCGUUUUCCCCCGACUCGGCGCGCCAGCCAACCGCCAAGCGCCAGCGGGUCCCCGGCGGCGUCGACGCCUCCGCUCUCAAUCAACAAGCGCAGCAACACCAGCCGCAGCAGCACGCUCAACCCCUCUCGCAACAGCAGGAACAACAAGACCUACCCAAUCCUGGGCUCCAAAGCACACCCGUGCCUGCUCCUGCACCCCAGUCCAACCAGCCCUCCCCGAAUCGGGACGCCCGCCCAAGCGCCUCCCAGCUCUCAUUCGGCGCUGCUGCUGGUGGGGGCGGCGGCGGUGCGGGUGACGCCGGCGGCUCCCCGGGUACCGCCCGCGCUCCCAGCCCCGGCGGCGGCACGGGUGCUCGCAGCGGUGCGGGUGCUGCGGUGCUGCCUGCGGACCUGGACGUGGGGGCGCGGCUGGGGGAGCUGCGGCGGGAGGCGGGGGAGCUGGAGGCGGCGCUGGAGGAGGAGCUGCUUCUGGACUCGGGGCUGGCUGCCACCGCAGCGGCCGCCGAGGGAGGCCGGCUGCCGCACACGCCUAGUCCCGCAGAGCUGUGCACCUGGCUGGAGGGCCGCACGCUGCCGCUGUCGCAGCUGGUGGGUCAGCUGGCGCCGCUGCUGCCGGCCGGGUCCGACCCCACCGCCCUCCGCACCUGGCUGGUGGACCUGGCGCAGAGGAGGAGCUACGCGGCCAAGGAGGUCUCCCUGGACGGCGCUGCCGCCUCCGAGGACACCACCCCGGGUCGGCUGUGGGUGUGGGAGGUGCGCGACCCGCGGAAGCACCUGGCGGACAAGGGCACUCGCAAACUGGUGGACCUGCAGCGCAAGAGGAGGAAGGAGCUCCGCGAGCGCCUGGUAGCGGUGUGCGCCGCAGUGGAGGCGCUGGCGGCACUGCAGGCACUGCAGGCGCCCCCCGCACCGGGCACCAAGGGGCCCUCCGCCGCUGCCCGCCGCAGCGCCGAGUCGCGCGCCGCCCGGUCGCUGCAGCGGCUGGGGAAGCUGGCUGAGCUGGGCGCGGUGGAGGCGGGCUUCAGGACGGCGGUGGGGGAGCUGGCGGCGGCUGGGGGGGCGGCGGCGGGGCGCAGGGAGAAGGAGCGGGAGCGCAAGGAGAAGGAGGAGGCCAAGGCACGGCAACGGGAGGAGGAGGCGCGAGCAAAGGAGGCCAAGCGGGCCCAGGAGGAGGAGGCGAAGCGGAAGGCCAAGGAGGCGGCAGCGGCCAGCAAGGCGGGCUUCCACUCGCGGGAGGGACUGCGGAAGAGCCAGAACCUCAUGGAGAGCUUCUUCAAGCGCUCCGCUGCGGCCAAGUCGGGAGCAGCAGCAGCCGGGCAGUCGGGGGGAGGUGCAGCAGCGGGGGCCGGCGGGGGCGGUGCUGGCUUGGAGGCCCCCGCUGCGGGCGGAGGUGCGGAGGCGGGUGAGGGCCCGGGCUCACAGGCCCCCGGCCACCCGCACCCCCAGCAGCAGCAGCACUCGCUGCCCCCCGCUGCGGGCGGGAGCUCCCAGGCCGCCGUGGCCACCCCCGCGCGGGAGCGGGAGGGCCCCUCCCUCUUCAAUGCCUCUAAGCUGGCAUGCAGGCAGCCCGACCCCGCCCUGGUGGCCGCCCUGGACGCCGCCGCCUCCCAGCUGCCGCUGCCGCCCGAGCGGGUGGCGGAGCUGUUCCGAGAGGACCACCGGCGGUGGCGGGAGCAGCGGAGGGCGCGGAAGCGCAUGAUUGGUGUGCCGCCCACCUGGUCCCGCCGCCCCAACGCGCCCACCGACAUCCGCGUGCUGGCGGCCGCCUACUACGGCGACGUGGGCUCUCUGGAGCUGCGGGAGGGCGGCUCCUGGGCGGGGCUGCGCACCUGGCGCCGCAAGCUGAUCGCCUUCCCCAAGAAGGAGAGCGCCCGGCCGCCCUUUUACGGCUCAUUCAGCAAGACCAGCACCGCUGCGGGCCCCCGACGGCCCUUCGGUCGCGACCCCGCACUGGACUACGAGGUGGCUAGCGACGAGGAGUGGGAGGAGGAGCCGGAGGGCGAGAGCUUGUCCGACAGCGGUGACGAGGGUGACAGUCACGUGGGUGCGGGUGAGGGCGCGGAGGAGGAGGACGACGGCUUCAUCGUGGGGGACGACCACCUGUCGGAGGACGAGGGCGCGCAGCUGAGCGGUGACCCUGACGACCCGAUGGAGGUGGACGGCGCCGCACGUGUCCCACGGGUCGCUGCAGCCGGCGGCCCCACUCGCCACCUGGACCCCCGACUGCAGCAGCUCGAGUCGGCCAUCGAGCGAGUGCGCACCACCAACCGCCCAGUACUCCUGGUGCGGCCCCCGCCACCGCCGCCGGCGCCAGCCACAGCACCAGCAGCAGCACCCGCUGCUUCUGGAUUGGGAGAGGAGGCGGCUGCCUCCGCUGCCCCGGC